AUGGCAAGCGGAGCACAAACAAAAACUUCGUGGGCGGACGACGUCGAUGAGCUUGAACAGCCCACCAAGGUCGAGGACACGGUCGACGAGAAUGGCAUCCGUACGACUGUGGAGUAUACUGUCAACGAUGAGGGCAAGAAAGUGAAGAUCACACGCAAAAUCAAGCGUGUUCUGCAGAAGGAGCUCGUCGACCAUACUGUUGCUGAGCGCAAGACGUGGCAGAAGUUCGGACAGGAGAAGGGAAGCAAACCAGGACCCGAUCGUGCGACGACCACAGUUGGUGAGAACCUCGUGCUGAAGCUCAGCCCGGGCAACAAGUCAUCGGAGCCCGAGCCGUCCGCUGAGCAGACUCUCAAAAGCAACCUCGUACGCGCCGGUGCUGGCAAGGUCGUCUGUCGACUAUGUAAGGGUGAUCACUUCACCGCAAAAUGUCCCUACAAGGAUUCACUCCCUGGCCUGGAUGGCGGAGAGACCCCUCCAGUCGGGUUGGACGACACUGGCACUGCAGCGGAACCCGCUGCAGCAGUACCGUCCGGCGGUACGGGCAAGUAUAUCCCACCAUGGAUGCGCGGCGGCGCUCGGGGUCCCGGCGAGUCGAUGUCGCGGCCGGGCGGCUCGCGCGACGACUUGCCCACCCUGCGCGUUACCAAUAUUUCGGAAGACACGCAAGAAAAUGACCUACGCGACCUGUUUGGCUCGUUCGGGCGUGUUGCGCGGGUAUACGUCGGACGGGAUCGCGAGACCGGCGCGGGCAAGGGCUUUGCAUUUGUCAGCUUUGAGGAGCGCACGAACGCGCAGCGGGCGAUGGAAAAAAUGCAUGGGCGUGGUUAUGAUAAUUUGAUUCUGAACAUUCAGUGGUCACAACCGAGGGAGCAGAGAUGAGCUCCUGGAUUUCCUGUGCCAUGCCAGCCGCGCAUCCGUCAUGUUCUGCUGCUUGUAACGUUGCUGUAUUAUAGAUGCUCGUUGUUUUCAUCGGAUUCAUUCUGUGAUCUUGUGUAUUACUAAUCUGGACCAACAACCUGCGAGGCGGCCUCGUGCAUUGCUCACCCGUCU